GAGCUCUUAACGUAGCCAGGCAAACAAGAAGUAGACGCCAUGGGCCUCGCUUUUCCUUGAAAGCGUGGAUAUGCAUGUGCCUUGUGGAGAAAGGUAAGCGUGUAUCUUGCGUGUCAUGAUAUGCUUUGCAUUCCUGGGACACACAUUAUUGUUCAACAAUCAACUGUGAGUCCAUGAUUGCCCACGCUCAGUGUACAUUGAGGCCGCAACACAGUGGGAUGCACUCUCACCCUUUGCCCAGAGGUGCGUCGAGUUGUUGACGGUGAAGAAACCGCUGCCCCAGAGCUUGAUUCUUUGAGUCACUGAGAGACUCUUAGAACUCAAGAGUGUUUGCCGAGCACAUGCCCUGGAAUCCUUUGGAUCUGCGAGGAGCAAGCCUGAAGAAACGUACUGCGCGAAUUGGCGACUUUGGUAAGCAGCAGCAAUGGGAGAUGGCUGUCCAAGUUAUGCAAGAUUUGCGAACGGAGUUAUUGCAACCAAGUACUUUCACCUACAGCUCGCUGGCCACAGCCUUCGUCAGAAGUGCACAGUGGGAAAGACCUCUCGAACUGCUUGGAGAGAUGCGCAGAGAGAAAGUUCGACCAGAUAUUCACUUCUUCAGCACACUCAUUUCGGCCUGUGGGGUUGGGCAGGAUUGGAUGGCAUCGUUGGCCCUUUUUUCCGACCUGAAGGCCAGCAGUCUUCAGCCAAGUCUGGUGGCGUACAAUGCGACCUUGAACGCUUGCUCCAAAGGAUAUGAGUGGGAGGCAGCAGUUCAUUUGUUUAGCAACAUGCCGUGUCAAAAGAUUCGACCCGAUCGGAUGACAUUCACAACCUGCAUCACAGCCCUUGGCAAAGCGUCGCUGUGGCAAGAAUCGCUGCGGCUGUUUGGGCAGAUGCAGCUGGACAUGACUGCUGACUUGGUGAGCAUGAGCUCAGUGAUCAAUGCAUGUGGCAAUGGUAUGAACUGGCAACUGUCCCUGAUCCUCUUGGACGAUUUGAAGAUCUAUGACCUCCGCCCUAAUGUGACAACAUAUGGAGCUGCUAUUGCAGCUUGUGAGAGUGGCAGCGCAUGGUCAAGAGCAGUGGAACUGUUGGGGCGAAUGCAGAGAGAUCAGUGCACUCCCAAUGCGAUAGCUCUAGGGGCGGCUCUGGUCGCUUGUCAGACCAGUAUGCAAUGGUCUCAGGCAACAAAAUUGAUGGAGAACUUCAGACUUUCUCAGACUACGCUUUCGCACAGAAGCUCUCAAGGCUCUCAGCUUGAAUGGUGCAAAAGGAUACACAUGAUCAGUGACACAGCUGCGAUGAAGGCGCUCGUUGCUGCAGAGAAUUGGGCGAGCGCCCUGCGAGUGUUUCUGCAGAUGCGGCAAGCCCAGUUGAAGCCAGAUGAACUAGCUUAUACUGUAGCGCUGAAUGCCUGCAGCAUCGGUGCCAAGUGGGAAAUGGCAUUAGCCUAUUCUCACGAGAUGCUGAGGCAAAAUGUCCCGUUGCGGAACGCUCAGCUGGCAGCCGCAGCAAGCGCUUGUAGAUCCAAUGGCAAAGAGAUGAAACUGAUACAGAUGUUGCGCGGAACAGCGACGGCUGGAAGAAAUCUGGGCUGGAUGCUGGACAAAAGGCGGUACAUCAGCACCAUUAGAAGGCUGCGCCCACUUUGAGAAAGCGUAUGGACUCAGAUGCCCGUGUGGCCUCCGUGAAAA